AGAGGAACUCACACACAGCGCACACACAAACUGUCCAGCGACAACGGAAAAAACUGUCCUCAUCUUCCCACUUUCUCUUCUCUUCUUGUCCUUCCUACUUUUUUGCUCGCCCUUUUGUUCACUUCCUCUCUUCUCUUCCUCUUAUGAUCCCCCUUCUCCCCUAUCAGAACAGAGUUCACUGGCUUUGAGAGAUGAAAGAAAAGAACCCCUGGCACCGGCCUGUGACCAUCAUCAUCACUGUGAUUGGCGUCAUAGCGAUUGUUACCUUGGUGACAGUUCUAGUUAUACAAAACAGGACUAUUGCCCAAAAAUAUAAGUAUGGGAUUGUGCUGGAUGCUGGUUCUUCCCACACAUCGCUUUAUAUCUAUCAAUGGCCAGCAGAAAAGGAUAACAACACUGGAAGAGUUGAACAGAAACAUCACUGCCAGGUAGCAGGUAAAGGGAUCUCAAGCUAUACGGCAACACCUUAUAAGGCAGGGGAAUCGCUAAUUUCCUGUCUGAAAGAGGCUAAAGAGAAUAUCCCCCAGAAAAUGCACCCAGAGACCCCACUUUAUUUAGGAGCUACUGCAGGAAUGAGAUUGCUGAAGUUGGAAAACAGCUCAGCAUCAGAUGAGGUUUUUAAGGCUGUGGAAAAAACCCUCAGAGGUUUUCCAUUUUCCUAUCAGGGAGCCAGACUACUAGCUGGUCAGGAGGAGGGCGCGUUUGGCUGGGUUACGGUCAACUACCUGGAUGAUCGCCUCACACAGGGUUUGGAAACCACAGGUGCCCUUGACCUUGGUGGAGCCUCAACUCAAAUUAGUUUUGUUUCUGAUGAGUACAACGGGUCAGAGUCACCUGACAAUGCAGUGAGCUUUCGGCUCUACGGAUAUGACUACACCCUGUAUACUCACAGUUUCCUGUGUUAUGGGAAAGACCAAGCUCUGCGGUUGGCGCUGGCACACCAAACUAAAUCAGGUCCAACAGCAAUCAUGGAUCCUUGUUUCCACAAAGGUUACAAUGAAACAAAGCACUAUGCUGCCGUCUAUGACAGUCCUUGUGUGUCAGACCAGAAACCCCAGAUAGUCUCGGAAACCUUCAUCCAUUUGGGGGGAGGAAACUUUACACAAUGCCAGGAAGUCAUCAAAAGUGUCUUCAACUUUACUUCCUGCAGAUACAGCCGCUGCUCUUUCAAUGGGAUUUUUCAGCCGCCUCUGCAAGGGCAGUUUGGGGCUUUUUCAGCUUACUUCUUUGUGAUGAACUUUCUAAACCUGACUGAUACAUCAGUCCCUCUGAAGACGGUGAUGCAAAAAUUAUCAGACUAUUGUGCCACCCCUUGGACUCAGAUCAAGAAAGAACAUGAUAUCCCACUUAAAUAUCUGGCUGAGUACUGUUUUUCCGGCACAUACAUCCUCACCCUAAUGAUGGAAGGAUACAACUUCACCUCAGAGACCUACUCCAGCAUAAAAUAUAUCCAAAAGAUAAAAAACAGCGAUGCAGGCUGGACUCUGGGCUACAUGCUGAAUUUGACCAACAUGAUUCCAGCUGAAGCUCCAGACUCUCCUCCUCUAACAUACACCAGCUACGUCUCUGUAGUAACCGUAAUGGCAAUACUGCUCUUCGUCAUUUUCAUCCUCAUCUUGUACUCUUUAUGGCCCAAAUGCAACACAGAACCAAAGAUAAUAUAAACAUUUGUGUGAAAAGUUCACUGACUUUGCAAACAUGCAUGGUUUAUGUGAGUUUGUGUCUGUGUGUGUGUGUGUAGGAGCAUGUACAUGGGCUACAGCCGAUUUUCCACUAAGGUCAGCUGAAUGUUUUGGAAGUACUAAAACUCUCCUGUUUAAAGAUGUGUGUGUAUGGGGUAAGAAACCGUCAAUAAGAAACAUAUUCAUAAAGACAAAAAAUAUGAAUGCAUUUAGUUUUACGUUAGACAUGUCUGUUUUGAAAAAUAUUUUUCUUUGUUUGAAUAUGACUCUUGCAAGUCUUGAAUACAAGAUUAACUGUUUGAAUCGAUGUUUCCGGUCUCGAUGUAUAUUCCUGUGACCCCGGGACAUACAGUACAGACCAAAGGUUUGGACACACCUUGUCUGUCCAAAUUUUCCAACUUUUGGUCGGUACUGUAUUUUCGACAGUGAGCUAAGAGGACAAAUUUCAUAUUCAAGACUUGCAAAAGUUGUAUUCAAAACAGACAUGUCAAACAUAAAACAAAAUUUUGUAUUUCGAUAUUCUUGCAAAGUUCUGAACAAAGUAUUAAUUUGUGCACAAUUUUGUCUUUACAAAUACGUUUCUUAUUGGCAGUUAUCUUACCCCAUACGUGUGGACGCUACAGAGAAUGUUUGCAUUUCAACUUGUGCUCGUCUAAACACGAAUGUAUGAAUUUAAUUUCUUUUUAAAGAGUGAAUGUGUGCAAUAUCAGUUUUUAAAAAAAUCAAAUGUGAAAAUGUAACCGUUUAAAUAAACCACCAAUGUUUAUACAUAAA